CCCUAUUUUCUGUCAAAGAUAAAAAUCUGUAUUUGCCUUGAACACCCUUCAAACCCUAAACUCCCUCUUCUGCCCUUACUCCCAAUUCCAUACCUUUCCUCUUCGCUGCCCUUUCCCCUCUUUUCAAUUUUUUUCUUUUCCGAUCUUCUCCUCCAUCUCCAUUUUACCCGCCACUUUUCAAAUUCUCGUUUUUUCAUCCCUCAAUUUUCACAUUUCUUGAACAAAAUAACACCCCCAAUUUCAAAAAUUUACAAUUCAAUCCAAUUAGUUCGAUCUGUUCUGUACCCAUGUCUGUACCUAACUUUUGAUGGUACCCAGUUCAUAUUUUCUGGGUUUUGUUGUUGAAGUUUGUUUCUUUUAAGGUUAAACUCAUGAGUUUAAAGCUAGGGUUUUGGUUGAGUUCUUGAAGCAGUUUGAUGUAAAGGAAUGUGGCAAUACAGCAACUAGAUCAGUAUUGUUGACAUUGAUUUGCAAACUGGUUGAGUCUGAAGGCUGACUUUUUAAGAUUGUUGAAAUAUCAGGAUCAGUUAAUGCAAUGGCAAACCAUGAGUUGAUACUUGGGGAAAGUCACAAUUUAGGGAUUAGGCAAAAUCAACAAUUGGUCUUAGGACAUAAUCAUAAUUUGGGUCUCAGUCAGAAUCAUGAUUUGGAAUUGGGUCAAGCGCACGAGCAUCAUUUGGGUUUGGGGCAGAGCCAUGACCAUGAGCUGGGUUUAGGAAAUCCCCAUGACCAUGAAUUGGAUUUGGGGCAAAGUGAUGACCAUGAAGGGGAUGCUGUUCAUAGUUAUUCACACGAUGAAGAUUUAGGUAUGGAUCGUAAAUCUGACGAGGGUGCUCAUGAGCUGCCCCUUCCUGGACAAAACCACGAGUUAGCUUUAUUGGAGAACAACGAACUGGCUGUUUCCGAGAGCCAAGAACUUGAUGAAAACCUGGAACUAGCUGUGGCCCAGAGCCAGGAAAUGGGCAUGGAACCGGAUCAGGAUUUGUCCAUUGACCAGUCCCAGCUUGUAGUACAUUCUCCUGUCAUUCAAGCUCGUACUCUUGCUAUAGCCCCUAACUAUGAGCUGUCAGUUGGACAAGAAUUUCCAGAUGUCAUCAGCUGUCGCAGGGCAUUGAGGGACACAGCAAUUGCUCUUCACUUUGAAAUGCAGACUAUUAAAUCCGACAAGACUCGUUUCACUGCAAAAUGUGCAAGUGAGGGAUGUCCCUGGCGGAUACAUGCAGCAAAGCUGCCAGGGGUUCCAACUUUCACAAUCAGGACUAUCCAUGAGAGCCAUGCAUGUGGAGGAAUUUCUCAUCUUGGCCACCAGCAAGCCUCAGUCCAGUGGGUAGCUACCUCAGUGGAGCAACGACUAAAGGAGAACCCAAAUUACAAACCAAAGGAGAUAUUAGAAGAGAUUCAUCGGGUACAUGGUAUCACUCUGUCAUACAAGCAAGCUUGGAGAGGCAAGGAACGCAUUAUGGCUGCCAUGCGUGGAUCUUUUGAAGAAGGGUAUCGCUUGCUUCCGCCAUAUUGUGAUCAGGUUAAGCGGACAAACCCUGGGAGUAUUGCAUCUGUGUAUGGAAACCCAGCAGAUAAUUGCUUCCAGCGUCUCUUCAUCUCAUUUCAGGCAUCAAUUUACGGUUUUCUAAAUGCUUGCCGACCUCUCCUUGGGCUGGAUCGAACAUUUUUGAAAAGCAAGUACCUUGGUACAUUGCUACUUGCUACUGGCUUUGAUGGGGAUGGUGCUCUUUUUCCUUUGGCAUUUGGUGUAAUUGACGAGGAAAAUGAUGAAAAUUGGAUGUGGUUUCUGUCUGAACUUCAUAACCUCCUUGAGAUUAAUACAGAAAACAUGCCACGGCUUACAAUAUUGUCUGAUCGACAGAAGGGCAUUGUUGAUGGAGUAGAAACAAAUUUCCCAACUGCUUUUCAUGGAUUUUGCAUGCGGCAUUUAAGUGAAAGUUUCCGUAAAGAGUUUAAUAAUACAAUGCUUGUCAACCUUCUUUGGGAAGCUGCUCAUGCUCUGACCGUCAUUGAAUUUGAGGCUAAAAUUUUAGAGAUUGAGGAGAUAUCACAAGAUGCUGCAUAUUGGAUAAGGAGAAUUCCACCUCGGCUUUGGGCAACUGCCUAUUUCGAAGGGACUCGAUUCGGGCAAUUGACAGCUAAUAUUGUUGAGGCUUUAAACAGUUGGAUUUUGGAAGCAUCUGGUCUUCCAAUAAUCCAGAUGAUGGAAUGCAUUAGGAGGCAACUAAUGACUUGGUUCAAUGAACGCCGAGAGACCAGCAUGCAGUGGACAUCAAUACUCGUGCCUUCUGCUGAAAGGCGUGUCGCGGAGGCUCUUGAGCGUGCACACACUUAUCAGGUGCUUCGUGCUAAUGAAGCUGAAUUCGAAGUUAUCUCUCACGAGGGAACAAAUAUUGUAGAUAUUAGGAACCGGUGUUGCCUUUGUCGGGGAUGGCAGCUGUAUGGUUUACCCUGUGCACAUGCUGUGGCAGCACUCCUCUCUUGCAGGCAGAAUGUGCAUCGGUUUACGGAGAGUUGUUUUACAGUAGCAACGUAUCGAAAAACAUACUCACAAACUAUUCAUCCAAUUCCAGAUAAAAGUCUCUGGAGGGAGAUGUCUGAUGGUGAUCCAAACUGUAGUAAGGCUGUUGAGGUUAUCAUUAAUCCCCCAAAAUCACUUCGUCCCCCAGGACGCCCGAGGAAAAAGCGAGUCCGAGCAGAAGACCGAGGUCGCGUAAAACGAGUUGUGCAUUGUAGCCGGUGUAAUCAGACGGGACAUUUUAGAACAACAUGUGCAGCGCCCAUCUGAUUUGUAACUGUGAGAAUGGUUUUAAUUUAUUGUAAUUGAUCCCUUCUGUGUAAAGUAGUUGUAGCUUUGUAGUAUUCUUGUAGUUUGUAAUAGCUAUCAGUUUGCAAGUAGACACUUUUAUUUAUUCUCUUUGUCAGUCAGUUAAUAAAAGCUUUUGUUAUAAAUCCA